AGGGGGAGGGGAGGCUGUCAUUUCAGGGAAGAAGGAAGCCAGGAUCACAGCGAUGUAUCGAGGUGACCGGUGGUAAAGACAGUGUAGAGGGGGGUAGCCUAAAGAAAUGAAAACUGGGACGGGGGCAUCAGGCUUAGGGACUUGGAGACUGGAGUAAAGCUAUAGGCAGCAAUGAAUGGUUUUAUCUAGAAUAACAUCAUGAAGUUUGGGGAAUUUGCAUGAAAUGAAAUAUAUAUAGUAAGAAGGGGGUGUGUGGGUGCAGACAGGUGGUAAGUUAUAUUCUGAAUCAGGGGUAAAGUGGUGGCAGGGACCACUGGGGGGCAGGUGUAGUAUAUAUGAGGUAAGGAGGAAACCCCUGUCUCUGGAGGAGGAGGCUACAUUUUAUGAGGUUGAGGAAACCUUAGUAUUGCUAUGCAUGUAGUGUAGAGUCACCUCAGUCUCUACAGCAGUGGGUGCAUUUGGGGAUUCAAUUGAGUACCGGUAAAUGGUGCAUUUUAUGAGGUAGGAAGUCAGGGUAGAAGGGGUACAACUAUAUUUGGGGGUACCUCUGUUACUAUAGAGGAGGUUGUGCAUUGUAAGAGGUGUGAGGUUGGUGAUACAGAGGGAGGGUGCAGUGUGUGAAGUGCUGAGCACGUUGAGGAAGCAGAGAGACAGGUAAAUAUUGAGGGAGGGGAGAGAUGAGGGCAGCAGGGAGGGGAGGGACAUACGCAUGCACGCAGUGACUGUCCCUGCCUCCCCCACACAUCCAGGGACCUCUCAUCAUAGUGGGACCCUCCUUCCCUGUACUGGGAGACCCUCCUCAUAAGCUAGGGUGCAGCACACGCCUCCCCCACAUUACACACUCACUACACAUAGAAUAAGCAGGGAGGGGGGGGAUCUAACAUUGAAAAUUACACAUCACAAAGCACAUGCCUCCUCACACACAAGGCUUCUGUGCUGUCAGGAUCACAGCUUUUAAUUAAGCAUCCCCCCCCCUAAUACCCCCUCCUUCUGCUUCUCUCACCCUCCCUCCUCUGGGAAGCCAGGGAAGAAGCAAAGAAAAGCAGAGGGGGAACAAAGGAGGAGGGGGCAAGGAAAGAGGGGAGACAGUGUGAGAAAGAAGAGAGGGGCACUGGGCACAAGGCUGUGGAAGAGCUGCCAGGUGAAAGACUGGGCAUUAUCGUUGCUGAGACUACAGAGAACCUUCUGCAUGGAACCUGCAAGCUGAGACAGCUGGAGAGCAGUGCAGAGACAGCAGCAGAGACAGGUGCUGUCUAUCUUCCAGUGCGGAGAGCGUCUGGCACCUGCUGACUGCAGACAUGGGCAUUGGGUAAGAUAGAGAGGGCACCAAUCUCCUGCUUACAACCCUCCGGGGGCUAACACUUGCACCGCAUCACAUUCCUAUUUUAUUUGUCAUCCAUAUCAUUGCACUCACUUUAUAUUAGUGGCUCUUAGAUGUCUGGUACAAUUCCGUAUGUGGACCAUGCAUUGACCAUUGCUGGUCCCUGACCUUGCUCUGUUUUUGGAGGAUAUCUACAUCUCAGUUCUAUAUCAUCCCACCCACUUUAGAUUUUUCUGCAUAUUUUUUUAAUAAUCUUGUUAUGUUUUGAUAAUAGUCUUUCAUUUUCUAAUUAGGAUACUCAUUAAAUGUACGUUAAUUGAGUGGACAUUUUUCCCACAUCCAGGACCUUGUUUUUGAGCUACCUCAUCAUUUUGAUAAAAAGAAACUAUUUUUGUUUGAGUGUUUUAAGCACAUUUGUAUUUUGUUUCGUGGUGCCCGAUAAACCUUCUGUCUACUAGUGCCUUAUAUGUUUGGGGGGGCUUUGCCCCCUUUCUUUCCAUUUUCAUCCAUUUGUACCCUCAAACCAUGAAGCCUUUGGAGAAAUUUUUAAAGAAGCAGAGCUCCCAUCUGUCAGGUCCCAGACAUCUACACCGUAGGCAAAGUGUGUCCAAAAUUUUGCCCUCAUUUCUGAGGGAUACACCAGGAGAUUCCUCUAGUGGGGAAAAAGUUGAAGAAGACCCAUCUGGAGCUCCACAACCUUCUCAUGACUGCCUGGAGCUUCCUGAUGGACUACGCUCACCACUUUCUUUCUCAUCUGAUGAACUGUCACCUUCAGAACCUCUGACUCCACCACCAGGGUCUGUUGGAUGGUCUCUUACUCCUCCUGGACCACUUCUUGCCCCGGAUACUCCAGAGGCCUUAUUGGGCAGGAUUCUGGACCAAUUACUUACUGCACCUAGACUGAGUGAUGCAGCAGAAUUAGCACUGGAUGAUUUUAUACUGACCCACACCUUAUUUAUACCGACAGAAGAGCUCUUGGUCCAGUUACAACAGUAUUUCUGUGGCUGUAGUCGACAUACCUCUCCGAUGUGGGAAGGAGGUGAUGCUGUACAAAAGAAGCAAGCUGUGCUGUGUGCUCUUCUUCAUCUACUAGACACAUACAAGGACUCUGUACAAGAAGAGGAGAAGACCUUUCAGCUUAUCAAGGAUUUCUAUGUCCUGGUGAUGAGAGACGCUCCAAACAUUCCUCAGCUCGAGGCGAAUGUCAUCAGGCUGCAUCGCUUGGUGGAGACGGCUGAACUCAGGCUCACAGAUGGCAGUGCCGCUCCUUGUUCGAAACAAGUCAAGCCACUUUUCAGACAUUUCCGCCGCAUUGACUCCUGCUUGCAGCCUCGGGUGGCAUUCAGGGGCUCUGAUGAGAUCUUCUGCAGGGUCUACAUGCCCGACCAUUCAUAUGUUACCAUUCGAAGUCGUCUCUCUGCAUCUGUUUCUGACAUCCUCAGCUCUGUUUCGGAGAAACUGCAGUAUUCAGAGGAACAAGGCCAGAGAGAGGAGCCUCUUAUCUUAGUUGCUGUUACCAGCGCUGGUGACAAAGUUCUCUUGAAGCCAGAUGAUGGUUGUAUCUUCACCACACUGGGGAUAAACAGCCACCUAUUUGCGUGCAAUCGAGAUGAAUUGCGCUCUUUGGUUCCUUUACCAGAAGAGGUUCAGUUACCACCAGAGGAUUCUCAUAUUCAUCGCAUCGAGGCAGAAGAUCUUGCCAAUCAUCUCAGUGCUUUUCACUGGGAGCUGUUCAGCUGUGUACAUGAGCUGGAGUUUGUAGAUUAUGUAUUCCAUGUUGAGCGAGGACGCAGGGAGACAGCGAAUCUGGAGCUUCUUUUGCAACGAUGUAGCGAGGUACAGCACUGGGUCAGUACUCAAACCCUUCUAUGUGAGGCACCAGCGAGACGCACUCAGCUCCUCAAGAAAUUCAUAAAAACAGCAGCCAUUUGUAAACAGAAUCAGGACCUCCUAUCCUUUUUUGCAAUAGUGAUGGGUUUGGAUAAUGGUGCCGUGAGCCGCCUUCGUGUUACCUGGGAGAAAUUACCUGGAAAGUUUAAGAAUCUCUUUAGAAAGUUUGAAAACUUAACGGAUCCCUGCAGGAAUCACAAGUCAUAUCGGGAAAUGGUGUCCCGUAUGCGACCCCCAGUAAUCCCAUUUAUUCCCUUGAUCUUGAAAGAUCUUACAUUUUUACAUGAGGGAAGCAAAACCUUCCUCGAUGGACUUGUAAAUGUGGAGAAAAUGCACGCUAUAGCAGAGAAAGUGAGGACUGUGCGGAAAUACCGGAGCAGCCAAAUGAGGCUGGACUCAGAUGUCUCUCCGACUCAUUUGCAGAAUAAAGCUUACGUGCGCCAGUUUCAAGUCAUCGACAAUCAGAACUUGCUUUUUGAGCUGUCCUACAAACUGGAACCCAAUACGCAGUGACCGGAACACUGUAUGUUAAUCCGAAAGUGUAUGGCACAGGGUGCUGUAUACUUGGUACUUGGAAAAGAAAUACAGAUAUACCUAUAUGAGGGGGCACUGCGAGACAUACAUUGAUGAUGAAGACACUACAUGGGUUGCACUAUGUGAGUCUGGUCAGUGAUGGACAUAAGUACCCUCCUGUGCUUUUAGGCACUAAUAAAGAAGACUUCUAACACCCUACAAAACUGCAGGAGGGACAGUGGGUGCUAUACAAUAGGUUAUAGACCGGGAGAUAUUUUUGUAAGAAGAAUAUAUGUACAAUCCACUUUGUGCUAUUUUCUUAUUGGGCGAAACAGAAGGGUAAUAAUUAUAUAUAAAUACAUAUAUAUUGGGUUGCAGCACUGCAAUUGAAAUUCCGCAGGCUACAAGUUUAUUAUGUAUAUACAGUAAGUAUUCAUGGAAACAUACAAAUCUCGCUGUAUAUAGUGUGUGUUGUAUUUUGGGAGGUUGGUGUAUAGUGGGUAUAUUUAAAUAAUACAGGAUUUGCUGUUUGGGCAGCGAAUAAACACACUUCACAUAUGUGUAUAAUAGAAAAAUAUAUGUUAUGGUACAAGAGAACAUGAAACCAGGAGAAAGCCAGCAUAUGAGGGUAACUCUACCAGGACAUGGAAAACUCUGAAGAAAAUAUUUUGUAGAUCCCUAAUCCAUAAGACAAGUAGAGAUGUCCCAACCUACACCAUCUACUUUGUGUUGGCCAUGUUAGCAACCUUCUGUGGUGGCCAUAUCAACAGCAACCUGUGUUGACCAUAUUAGCAGAUCCCUGUGUUGGCCAUAUUAGCAGCACUCUGUGGUGGUCAUAUUUGCAGGUCCCUCUGUUGGCCAUAUCAGUAGCAGUCUGUGGUGGCCAUAUCGGGUGACUGGAAGUUACAAGGAUAUAGGAUUUCCCUGCCUUUAAGCAGUACCCUGUCACUAAGGCAGGCUCUUCAGUACUGGCAAGGAAGUCAGAGAUGAGAUGACCAUUCACUUCCAAUUAUCUUGUAUGGCCACCACAAGAGUUCUCUCAGAUGAAAAAGACAUCCCUGUAGAUGGGUAUAUACUACUACAAAAAAUCUGAGAUAUUUGGCUUUCGGGUGAAAUUUAUGGAAAAAAAGUAAAAAGUUCAUGCCACAGUAAUAUUAUAUCAUAAAAGUAGGGCAUUUAAGUAGAAGCAUGCAAUGGCGAUUUCCUCAUCUAAAACAAUU